AGCGCGGCCCCGCGAGCAGUUGCGGCGGGAGAGCGGCGGGGCCGAGAGCGUGACUCGCCCGCUGCGCGCUGCCCCUGCUUCCCGCCGCCGCCGCCCGCAGCCAUGUCCGAGGAGAAGCCCAAGGAGGGAGUAAAGACAGAGAACGACCACAUCAAUCUGAAAGUGGCUGGGCAGGAUGGGUCAGUCGUCCAGUUCAAAAUCAAGAGGCACACUCCUUUGAGCAAGCUGAUGAAGGCGUACUGCGAGAGACAGGGCUUGUCAAUGAGACAGAUUAGAUUCAGGUUUGAUGGGCAACCAAUUAAUGAAACAGAUACCCCAGCACAGCUGGAGAUGGAGGACGAGGACACCAUUGAUGUGUUCCAGCAGCAGACGGGCGGAGAGGCCGGCGACGGGCUUCAGCAGCAGACGGGGGCAGCGCCUGGGGCCCUGGGCCUCUGGGGACGUGGCGUCUAGAAGCACCACCACCACACGUGUCAUCUCUCCUUGCAUUUGCUCUAAGUAAACACGUGAACAUGCCAAUCACAAAGGAGUCUGCAGAAACUCAAGGACACUCACCAAAAUUAUUUUCCUCUCUCUCUGAUGCACUGUGAGUGCAACUCAAAACUCUAUCUGCAGGGAUUAAUCUACAUCUUAAAUUGGGCCAACAAGAAUUGUUAUCUUUGUUUAGGUAAAAUCAGUUGCCAGGUUUUUUGGGUUUUUGUUUUUAUUUUUUUCUCCUCUUAUACCAUUUUCCCCUCAAACUUGUUGACCUGAAUGUCCACUUUUAGUCUGUGGAUGGCGAUCUUAUGCCCAGGUGCUGCAAUGCCCCCCCCCCCUUUUGUAAUUGUGUGGCCAACUUGUGUCCUCCGGGGGGGGGGUUCCUGUUGGACAAGUUUUGGGGGGUUGAUGGGGAUAGAAGGCAACAUUUGACUUACUGUUUGUUAUUAAAAUGCUAAAUAUAUUGCAAAUUUAAGUUUUUGUCACAGAGUAUGGUAAAGUUGAAGAGAAAAUAUUGGAUUGCUUCUUAAAAGGUAAAAGGAGGAAAAUAACCGAGUCCUUCAGUAAUAUGGCCCCGAGCAUCCCCUGCUCCUUGAGCCCCGCCCGGGUUUUGAGGCCCAGGACUCCCACCACCAACUGCUGGGCAUAUCGGGCAACAACUGGCAUGGCUAAAUUGGCUUUCCCCCCUUUUUUAAUAUGGAAGAAAAUAAUUACCACAGUUUUCAUUUGGUAAUAGUAUUGUGGCCUCAGAUUUCUUCUAGUAGUUGCUUCUGAUGAGUAAUUAUGGUCUAUAUAUAAAAAACUAAGAUUAAGUAUUACUGAAUUUGCAGUUAUGUCGUCGUGUAAAAGAGCUAUUCAAAGUGUGGUUAAAAACGAGACCUGUGGGAAGAUGACUUCAUGUUACUCUCCUGGAUCUCAAGGACCUUUGCUCUGCUGCUUUCCAAAUAUGUAUUCAAUUUAUGCGUUAGUGCGGUGAUUUCAGUUGUGUGAAAUAUUUUGGGAUCUAUGCCAAUUAAAAAUUUCCACAGUUC